CGGUUCCCGCCAGCGAAGAGACAACAACAGCGACUGAGCGCUCGGCAGCGACUUGAAAACAAUUUUUGAACACUUUUCGAAACUCAAAUUAGAGUCGCGUUUCGCGUGCAUCGGCUGCAUCUUUUACAACACACAUUUAUCUACAAAUAUUUAUGCUUUCUAUAUAUCGAGCUAUAUAGAUCUCAACUGUCUGAUCUGAGGCUUUUGUCACAGCAAAUUGCGACACUGAAAGCCAACGCGGAAGUGAAUAAAAAGCCGCCGGCAUCUCGAGUUAAGGAUGUGCAAAAAUUCUGAAACAGCAGCUGAAUGAUACUUAAUUGUUGUUAAUAAAUUGUGUAAACAAAAGAGUGUCUGUGUGCGUGCUGUUGUGCGUGUGUGCUUGUGUGUGUGAGUGGCUGUGCCUAAGUGCAUAAAUCAUUUGCAUAUCCUUGCAAAUGAGUAAAAUUCAUAUUCAAUUAUAAAGCAAAUAAAUUGUAAAAAAUUUACAACACAAAAUCUUAUUAAAUGAGCGGCAUCAAUUGUUAAUAUUGUUGUCCAUCUACAAGUGCCAUGCAAAUAAAUUGAAAUAAAUUAAAUGUUUAUUAUUAUUGUGCCUUGAACUUGUCCGUGACUUGUGACCUACAGAAAAACCCCCAAAAAUAAUAAAAAUAAAUCUUAUUGCAAUUAAGCAAACUAUUUGCUUAAGAUUAAAUCUUAUAUUGAGUUGCAUUGAUGCUAAAAAUUCAGCUUAAAUGCAUACGGAUAUUAUAAUUGGUGACCAAUUUGCCACCAACAACAACUAUUGGGUGAUGCAGUCCCCGGAACUGGAUUAUCGGCACGAGCUGAUGGUGGGACGUCUGCAUAAGAUUGAGCCCGCCGAUGUUGAGCUGGAAGUGCUCGCUGCUGCCACCAAUAACAACAACAACAACAACAACAGCAGUAGUAACAACAACAACAACAGCACUAGCAAUGAUAGUCAGACGGGAAACAGUAACAACAACAAUUCGGCAGCUUCACAUCAUCAUCACCAUCAUCAGUUCCAUCACCACCACCUGCAUUCGCACCACCAUUCGCAUUCGCAUGCGCACCAUCAUCAUCAGCAUUUGCACCACAGUCUGCAAAGUGGCGAGAGUGGAUCAGCGGCAUCAGCAUUGGAUGCCUGGCAGCUGGCUGCCUCCAGCUAUGCCAGCGAUCAGUCCCAACAACAACAGCAGCAACAACAACCCGCCGGCUCACCCAAUUCCAAUUCAAAUUCCGCCUAUGGAUGUGCCCCCCUCUACGAUGGUGCGCCCUACGAUGUGGCACUGGGCUAUGGCGGUGGCACGGGCAACGGGACGGGGGGCAACACGACUGGCAGCAGCGCAGAGAAGGAGUAUUUGUAUGAAACCAAAAACAAAGAGGCUCUCUUCGGCGAUCCGCUCGACGAUCCAUAUCAAAGACCCGCUCUCUGGGAUGAUAUUGCCACCUCAAUACAGAAUAUCGAUCCGGAGAAUGCGUUAAUGUUGAGUGCCAGCAGCACAGUGGCCAAUGGCAGCGACAAUCCAGCAGCAACAGCAGCAGCGACAGCACAGCAGCAACAGCAACAGCAACAGUUGCUGCCACAGGUCAAAAUGGAAGCAAUAGAUGAAACUCUGCUCGAAACUUUCUCGACACCAAUGCUCAGUCCCAUGGAGAUAAAAACUGAAAAGCAGCAGCGGCAUCAGCAACAGCAGCAGCAUCAGCAACAGCAGCAGCAACAGCAACAACAGCAGCAACAGCACUACCAUCAGCAACAACAGCAGCAUCAGCAACAACACUAUCAGCAACAUUAUCAGCAACAGCAGCAACACUUGUACCAGCAUCAUCCCAGUCUCUCGUUGCCUGGGCUGCCACCCGCUGCUGAAGUUGUUGAGCUGCAGCUACAGCAGCAACAUCAGCAGCAGCAUCAACACCACAGCGGCAGCAACAGUCCCAAGCAGUCCCAAGCGGGCAACGACAACAACAACAGCAGCAGCAACAGUAGCAACUCCUAUCAGCAACAAUACGCAUCUCAACUGAACAGCACAUCAGGCGCUGGAUAUCUGAACAGUAGCAGCAACAGCAACAGUUCAUCUGGUGGCAACAACAGCAGCAACACCAUCAGCAGCGUCGUCACCAGCAGCAGCAGCAACAGUUAUGGCUACAGCUGGCACAGCAGUCAGACUUUUCACACCAAAUACCAAAUACACCCGCCAUCAGCAGCUGUCACAGCAACACCAAACACUGCCACGCCCACCACAGCUCAACAUGUGCUGCAACAACAGCAACAUCAGCAGCAACAGCAGCAACAGUUGCUGCAGCUUUGCCCACCCGCCGCGCCCAGCACGCCCUCCGCCACAUCCGCCUCGUCCUCGGGCAGCGCCGCCUCCUCCAACGGCUCCAACGGCUCCAGUUCGACCCGCCACAUGUUUGUACCACCGCUGACGCCGCCCAGCUCAGAUCCCGGCAGUCCAGGCGCCUCGAUGGUGGCAGCAGCAGCUGCUGUUGCCCAGGCCCAAAGACGCACCACUCCCCCGCCGCCCUAUCAACAGGGUCACGGCCUGGUGGCGGCACUUUGUCCCAGCCUGGUCAAUACGCCGCCCACGUUGCAGCUGCUUGGCGCCGUCACGCCCACCACGCUCACCACACUUACGCCCGCCAAUGCAGCAACAGCAGCAACCACAGCUCAGCAGCAACAGCAGCAGCAACAACAACAACAGCCUGCACCACCGCCACCACCGCCAUCGAGCAGCGGGCGACGUGGCAGACACUCGCACCACCAACCAGGAACGCCGGCUCACAUUGCGAGUCUGAUGAGUGUUCGCACCGUUCGCUACAAUCGGCGCAAUAAUCCGGAGCUGGAAAAGCGCCGCAUCCAUCACUGUGAUUUUGUGGGUUGUUCCAAGGUGUAUACAAAGAGUUCGCAUUUGAAGGCGCAUCAAAGGAUACACACGGGUGAAAAGCCCUACACCUGCCAGUGGCCCGAAUGCGAAUGGCGAUUCGCUCGCUCCGAUGAACUGACGCGACAUUAUCGCAAACACACUGGCGCCAAGCCUUUCAAGUGCAUCGUCUGCGAGAGAAGCUUUGCGAGAAGUGAUCACCUCGCUCUCCACAUGAAGCGUCACUUGCCGAAGAAUAAGUGAGAGCAUCCGUAGAGCGGUGUCGAUCGAAGGUGCAACAGCUACAAAUCAACUAUAUCACAAUCCAAAGGACUUUAGUUAAGCUUAAAUGAAAAAUUGUUUAGUAAAUGGUUACUAUUACGUAUUAAUCCCAACCUGAAUACUAACUAGUGUAAUACUUUAACAAAUACUUACUAGAGAGUUGAAAGCUUUCAAUACGCAGAAGUAAAGAGAUUGAGCUUUAAAUUGAUUCUGCAUCUAAAGUGUUUUCAUUUUCAAAACAAAAAUUUAAAAUAAAAAUUGUCCAUAAUUUUUUACCUUAUGCCGCCCUCUCCUAUUUUAAAACUUAGUACAAUACAUGUAGUCUUUCCUCCUUUUUUAAAAAAGUUUAAUAUUGAUAUGUUAUACAAUUAGUGUGGCAACCGAAAGUGUGCCUUACCCUCUCUCGAACUUUUAUAAAAUUGAAAGCUUUCAGCAUUAAAAAGAGAGUUAAGCUCUUUGUCAAUUUAUCUGAUCUUAGAGCUGAUAAGUGCCUAUGCUUCAAUCCGUUCAAUCUGCAAAAUUGACUUUCUCUCUCUCUCUCUCUCUCUUUCUGUGCGAAAGUGAAUCGCGCAUAUUUGCGAAACUCAAGCGUAAAUUAAGUAAAUUAAAUUUCCACCUGCUUAAAUACAUUCUAAUGCAAAUCUUAAUCUAAGCACCAAUCCUAACUAACUAUAACUUGUACACAUCCGCAUUAUAAAUAAUAGUUCAGUUUUAGUUCUUAUUGUUCCAAUUCUCUCUAUCUCUCUCAUGUUAAUUGAUUGCUUGCUGAGAGUCCCGUGUAUUAAAGUGCAUAUAGUACAUACUUAUUCAUAGAUCCUUGUAUCCUUGUAUACUUAACCUUAAUGAUUGCUAAGUUGUAGGACAACAUUAUCGCCACGUGUCAUUUGUCGCCUAGUUUCUGUAUAGUUUUCCCUUAGCCAUAAACUUAUGUUAGUCUGUACGUAGUCUAUAAUUUGAGAUAUAUGUAAAUCUCUACGAGUAUAUGUAUCUGGUAGUUGAUACUACGUAGCUAGCGUAUUAUGUAUGUAAACUUAUGUGUCUCUAUAUCGUUUCUAAACACCAAAAAGUGCUGGCACAAAUCAUCAAAUAAUAAAAUGUUUUUGAAAAACCAAAA